UUAGGACUCCAGAAUCUCAGAGCAAAGCUAAUAAUCCUAGAAAUCAGCUGUGUGUGUGAGACACACUCAUCCGCUCUGUUUCUGCCUCUCUUCAUCAUACACACCCAGGAUGAUGAACAAACCCACUAGAGAAGAUGAGACCUGCACUUAAUGUCACUUUUAAACUCUUUUUUUGUUUUCUGUGACAUAAUGCUCGGCUAAUGUGAUGGUAACGUGGCUCAUCAACGCCGGGGGAUUUUCAAGAACUUUUUUCACCUCGGAUGCUCCGGAUCCAAUGCUUGUACUAAUUAGAGUUAUCUUCAAAUAGCUAAUAGCUGUCUAGGAUAGAUGUUUAAUAUAUAUGAUCAAGUAUAAAUAUAUUUUAAAUCGCUGAUAUUUUUAAACGUUUAAUCUGUUCGUGUCUGACGAGACGAUUUAUCCGUUUAAAAUCUGGCAGAUUCAUUAACGGGCGGUUUGCUGUGAACUGGCGUUUGUUAAGAGUGAUACUUAGACUGUCAGUGGUUGGCUCUGAUGUUUUAAUAAUUGUAUUUUGUGUUAAAACAUAUCUGUCUGUUUUUGUCGUGCUGGUAGAAGUGAUAUUUACUUCAACCCACCUUUCGCGUGUUUCCACCCACUCUCCGUGAACUUUCAUUUUUGCUGCUUGUGAAGGAGUUUUAUUAGUCAAUACUAGGAAGGAAAGUGUCGUUGUUGUGCCGGGAUGCGGAAGGGAGAGAAGUAGGGCUGCUGGUAAACAUGUUAAGGGUUUAAAGCGAAUGGCUCAGUGAUCAUGUCGCUUAUGGAGGGUGUUUUGUCCUGGGUGGGUGACUGGCAGUGGCUUUGCAUGGUCACUCUCUUUCUGGCCUCUGUUGUCACUUUGAUUAUAUACUUGGUGCUGUAUUUUUCCAACGAAUCUCCUGUUGGGAAAACGCCUCUCAGUCAUGUGGAUUCUGAGGAAGCCGAUGGGAUUUUGUGCUGGGUGCUGUCUCUGAAAAGCUGGAAGAGUCAGUGGAGAAGAGCCUGGUUCAGGAGCCUCAAUGAAGAAGCUUGUAGAUCGCAGAGUGGGAUUCAGCUGACAUUUGAAGAAGAUGGUGUUCAGUCUUCAGAGCUGGCCGUGGACCAGAUUUCAAGCUUUACGAAAACACCCGGUCAGAAAAAUGUCCUGUGUCAGGUGGUUGGAAACAAACUGCAGUUUUCUCUCAGUGCAUUACCAAGCUCAGCGUGUUCAGAAACCCCCCUGAGAUACAGUGUGAAGAUAUCUCCACUUUGUCUGCAGCUGGCCUUACAGAUGAAAGAGGUGAAUGAGGAGGUGGAGAUUUCCUGGGGGGUGCUUCACCUGGACUCAAAUUUGCAGCUCAUGCCAAGUUUUACCCAGGGAGACUGUGACAGUCUGAGUGAAGCCGCUGUGAACGACAAGCUCAGACAGGUCUUAAGUCGAGCUCAAGCAUCCGUAACUCUGAGCAGCCGGCCUGCAGAGUCUGCAGAAAUCAAGGAAGUAAGGAACAAGACCUCGCAGGUGACCUCACCCCCGAAGCCCCCACGAGCUCAUGAGUGGAAACUAUUAGUGAAGAACAUCCGGGUCACAUGCAAACAGGAGGAUGGUGCUGCAGGCGGCAUGAAUCCCCAGUGUAUCCUUCAAUUGGAUGAUCCUCCUCAGAAGGUCACCAGUUCAGUCUUGACUAACACAUCCACCCCAUCCUGGGACCAGCCCUUCAUAUUUGAGCUUAGCGGCCGGUCAAAAGAGCUGAACAUCCAGGUUGUGGAUAACGGCAAACCUCUGGAGAAUGAUUUGUUAGGGCAGGUUUCUGUGCCUUUUGAUCUAGUAAAGAAACACCCCAAAGGUCAACAGACCUUUUCACUCAUGACCAAAGAUCAAGUGACCGGAUCACUAACUACUGAGUUCACCUACCUGGAGCCCAGUGAGGUACGUAGCUGGCAGAUGCCUACACCGGCCCCUACUAAAAAAGUGGAGAUGGACCGCACUGUGAUGCCCUGUGGCACCGUUGUUACCACUGUCACUGCUGUGAGGAGCAAGCCAGGACGCCCUUUAGCACCUGAAUCAAAAUCGCCUUCUAAAAACAAGCUGGCGGAGAGAAGAGUGUCGGAGCAGACGUCAUUACUCGGAGCCAAAGUUAGCAAAGCCCUGUCAUCGUCAGAUACAGAGUUAUUGAUGUUAAACGGGACCGACCCUGUAGCCGAAGCUGCCAUCAGACAGCUCCAUGAGUCGGCAAAACAAAAGCUGAAAUCCCCUGUCAAAAAGAGCACCAUCAUCAUCUCAGGAGUGGCCAAGGCCCCUCUGACACAGGAUGAGGAGAUGGCUCUGAUGGCAGGAUACGCAGCUGCAAUGGACGCUUCAAUGUCCGGCGCAUCUGAGGGCACCAGCAGUGAAGCGUUACCCUCAGAAACAGUGGCAGAACCCAGCGUUCUCGAACCCACAGAGUCUCUGGUGGCUGCGAAUGGCACAGACCACGUGGAGGACUGGGAGAGCCAGGCUGGAGAGGACCCAGAUGCGGAUAAAUCGUCUCUCUGUAUCUCUGAAACAGGUUCCAAAAAAGGAAAAGGCAGCUUUCUGCACAAGAGUGCCAAGCUAUUCUUCAGACGGCGACAUCAGCGAAAGGAGCCGGGGAUGAGCCAGUCCCACAAUGACCUGCAGUACUUGGAGCAUCCCGAGGCGGCCAUGAUGGGCGACAGGGAAAAGAGGACGGCCACCUUCAGGCGUAUCAUUAACCGAAAGCUUCUGCCCAGGAGCAAAAGCAAAACCAAUGGCACAGUGAGAGAACCGCCCACAUGAGCUGCCCACUCCGUCACCUUCAUCCAAACUAAUAGCUUUUACACCUCUUCUAACAUCCUCCUUUUAACAUUCAUUCUCAUAACUUUUAUGCAAGUCAUUGCUUGUUUCUGGGCCAUAUUUGCCAAAACCUCUGCGUAGCAACAAUCACUCAUCGACUCCAUAUUAACAACCUUCAGACCUCUCGGCUUGGUUCUGCUCCAUAAAGAGCGUCUGCCUGAUGCUAGAUUCAUCUCUCCAUCCAUGUGGAGGAAUUUCACGGGCACUUUCCCUACUUGACCGUUCCGUCAACACCAUUCAACUUUAUCUUUGAGCUUUGUGUGCGUGUUUAUGCAAGAAAGUUUACAAAACAGCAUUCAAAUGGGCACUGGCUAUCUUCGUGGCUCCAAAUGACUGUCAUUUAACCUUAUGCAAAUAUUGAUCGUCAUGCAAAUGAUAUUCUGCGUUUGUGGCCUUUUAACCAAAAGCGGGAUUUGAGGACACCUCUUUCUUGCCAUCUGCUUUAACCUUCUGGAAUCCCUCUGGCGACCUGAUGGAUCCUGGAAUAUCAGACAAGGGAGUACCGUCGCUUUGAUUUGCACUUGUUUAUAUGCUCAGAACUCAUUCCAAAUGCAUUUGCAGGGAUGUGCAGUGAAUUCUGUGAGGUUCGGUGACGAAGAUGCUCUGAAAUAGCUUAUUAAAAAUUAUGUGAAAGACCUCUGUCUUGAUGCGAGUUAAAUAUAUGGGCGUUUUAUUUUGAUAGGGAGAAAAAUCUGCAGUUUCCACAAAUUUGGGAGUAGUGAGUUUUAUUUUUCAGCGAUUCCUUUUCAAACAGAGCAUACACUUAAAAUGUUCUGGUUUGGCACUGAUAUGUUCGAUUUUGAAGCAGGUUUUUUUUUUUUUUUUUUUUUUUUUUUUUCUAAACAUUCAAACAAAGAUGGAUAUAAUUAAAAGGUAAUUUUAUUUUAAAUAUUAUCCUUUAUGUACACAUAUUUUUAGUGUGUAUACACACAUUUGAUUUUUGACUUUCCAGUUAUUCCAUCAUGCCUCACAUUACAAAAAGUGUUUGUAUUGUACCAAAGGUUUUUAACACUAAGCAAGGAUAUUUUCCCAUAGAGAGAGAGUGAGAGACCAGAAUGCAUGAAAAUUUAGCUAAUCAAUAGGUUCAUGAUUUGUUUUUUGUUUUUUUCUUUUUUUUUACCUAUACUCUUAAGCCAGCUAAAAUGGCUGUGAAUAAGUUUGUAUUUUGGACCUUAUCUGUUGAGCCUGUGUGGAGAACUGCAGUGGAUUUGUAUUAUAGGAGAUUCAAUAACGGGCUCCGGCUCCGCUUGACAUUUACUUGACCUCAAACUUACAUAUGUAGAAGAAACCUGAAUGCCUGUCCAUACUGAAUGUUGCCAGAAAGAAACCUCAGCAGUCUGGCUGUUAAAUAUGUAUUUUGGGAGGACUACUGUUCUGUGUUUUGUUUUGUUUAUUUUUGUCUAUGUUGUGUGUUUCAAUGUGCAUCCUGGCCGUCACAAAAUGAAAGGGGUAUUUUCCAGUGAAAUGGAAAGCGGCACAUUAAGAUUUAAUUUUUGUCCUGCUUGAUUGGCCGGCCAGAGGUGAUCCCAUCAUUAAAUGAAAUCUAACACAUCAGUCCUCUGUAUAUGCAUAUCAUAAUAUAUCCAUGUGCAUUAAAGAACUCCUCUCAAUAA